AGACCACUUCACCAUAGCCCAGCAUCCGCUGUAGCAUCCGCUCUGCUAUACCGCGGCGCAUUUCUCCAUCUCUCUCUGCUCGACUCUCGCGCAACGACCCGCCUCUGCCCGCCUGGCACGACCACAGCUAGGCAUCCCGCUCGACCUCUCGCCUGUCCGACGCAGCCUUCUCGCUGCCCCCAUAUCUGCCCAUCAUGAAGGUCACAUUUAGAGAUCUCAAGCAACAAAAAUUCGUCCUCGAUGUAGAGCCCACAGACAAAAUCUCCGCAGUCAAGGAGAAAAUCUCAGCGGAGAAGGGCUGGGACCCCAAGAGCCAAAAGCUCAUCUACUCAGGCAAAAUCCUGAAAGAUGAUGAUACCGUCCAGUCCUACAACAUCGAGGAGAAGGGAUUUGUUGUUUGCAUGGUGAAUAAGCCCAAGCCCGCUGCCGCUCCUGCCGCCGCUGCACCGCCUCCAGCUACUCCUGCGCCACCGGUUGCCAGCACACCAGUUGUACCACCUGCGCCCGUCCAGACUUCUACCCAGGCCGCUCCUCCCGCAACCCCGACUCCCAACCGCUCCGCCGGCACCCCCUCCGGCCUGGCCAUGGGCUCUGAGCGCGCUGAGGCUAUCGCAAACAUGGAGGCUAUGGGCUUCGAGAGAACCCAGAUCGAGGCUGCCAUGCGCGCUGCCUUCAACAACCCUGACCGAGCAGUCGAGUAUCUUCUAACUGGUAUCCCAGAGAGCGUCCAGCAGGAACAGCAGCAGCAGCGAGCAAACCCCCCGCAGGCAGCUUCCACUGCUGCCGCCCCAGCUGCUGAUGACGAUGGCGGUGUUAAUCUGUUUGAUCUCGCCGCUCAGCGAAGAGGUGCCCCCGCCUCCGGUGGUGCCCCGGCGGCGGCUGCUGCAGCCCAAAACGACCUGGGUAACCUGGACUUCCUUCGCCACAAUGCCCAGUUCCAACAGCUGCGUCAAGUGGUUCAGCAGCAACCCCAAAUGCUCGAGCCCAUCCUUCAGCAGCUUGGUGCAGGGAACCCACAGCUCGCCCAGCUGAUAGCAUCAAAUCCAGACCAGUUUUUGCAGCUGCUCGGCGAGGAUGCUGAGGAUGAUGUUCCUCUGCCCCCUGGAGCCCAGGCCAUUUCUGUCACAGAGGAGGAGCGCGAUGCCAUUGAGCGGUUAUGUCGACUUGGAUUUGACCGCGACCAGGCUAUCCAGGCUUACUUUGCAUGCGACAAGAAUGAAGAGCUUGCCGCUAACUUCCUCUUCGAUCAGCCCGAGGACGACGAACCACCGACAAACUAAAGCAAUAUUCCCAUUGAAUGCUGAGAAGUGAUUGAAAGGUCUUAUACGAUAAUACGUAAGGAAAGGCAUGGAGGGGCAAAUCGGAGACUAUUAUGACGACUUGGCAACAUUAAGGCGUAGGAUGACCACGUGGCAAACGGCCGCAAUCAUGUUGCUUUUUGAAAACCAAGUAUCAUGCGCGGGUUGGCCUGGCCAGAGGAAGAAAGUGCCGGCUUAAUUGACCCGGACAGAACGGAUAGGACAGAGUGAGAUGGUACGCUUUGACAGGUCAGAUGAAAGUUAUUGAAAUCGAAUUUGGCAAACCCAAAAAAACGUCGUUAAAGC